AUGGCAUCCCAGGUAAGGCCCGAAUGGUUAGGAAGUUAUGCCACAACCCGACAUGACUGGCACACAUUGCGAACGAAGGACCACUCCGGGUACUACCGCCGCAUCGGGAUUGUUGAGAGCUUGUUCGACGUCGAUGGCAGCGAGUUCGAAGGGCGAGCAGAUAUUACGACGGAUCUCCUCGUAGAAUUGAGGACUUCGUUGACCUUGAGUGCUUUGAGGGACCGCAUCUUGCAGGCCUGGAGUGUCCUGAGGGAGAAACAUGUUCUGCUGGCUUCUAGAGUCGUCAAGGCAGCAGAUCUUCUGCCCCAUCAAUUCAACAACAGCCCCGAGGAGCGCUUGUUUGUUUUCGAACCAAACACGACUUCGGAAACGAUGUUAAGCAAGGCAAAAGACUCAUUGACCUUUGUCGAGGACCAUUACCCCCAGGUCAGCAUUGAUGAAUUCUUCAUCCACACACUGAACACUGGGCGAUGUCUGGAUGCCUCCAAGGCUUUGAGCCGAUUAUAUGUGAUGCCGAUCGACUCACCAGACAAUGCCAUGCAGGCGGUCCACUUCAUUCUCGUGGCCGCUCAUGAAAUUACCGACGGCCUUACUGUCAUGCGGUGGAUGUCCUCAUUCAUCGAUCUCCUCAAUGCGUCUGCACCGCAGUUAGCAUAUGAAGCGGAAUCGCUCUGCUCUGUAUCUCCAGUGGCCAGGUUGCCGCCCGCACAAGAGACAUUAUAUCCACCAAUAACAGGGAGUGCAGCGAAAGAGCGAUGGUCUUGGGCGCUGUCCCGUAUAUUGCGCCACACAAGAAAGCUGCCUCCAGCUGCUUUCCAGAAUCCUUUGAGACGAAGGUUGCCAUUGACAAGAGCCACACCAAUGAGGCCCGAGUUUCCAGCUAUCUUGGAUUACACGCAUGUGCCGCCGAUCAACACGUUUGCAGUUCGUGCGGCUCUCAGUCCUAGAGCAAGCCAAAGGCUGACGCAGAUGUGCCGUGAUGCACGCAUCAGUAUAGGAAGCGGAUGCUUUGCUCUGGUUGCUGUGGCAAUGAUGCUCAUGGAGGAGCGGCGCAAUCCACAUGUUCCACAGCAUGAACGCCAGCCGUUUGUGGGUUCGUUUCCUGUCAAUCCCAGACCCUUCCUUACCGGCAGAUCAACCGUAGGAAGGGAAGACAGCCUGAUGCUAGCCUUCAGCGAGGGUGUGAGCCUGCCCUUCCUACCUAGCGACUUCGACCUUGACAGAAGACUACGUCUUCUGGGAAGACAAGCCGAUCGACAAUUGCGCCAGUAUCAGAAGCGUCCUAGAUCUCUGGAAGAGGAGAUUCAUCUGGGCUCUAAGAGUCCAACACAACUCCUGCCGCUGCUGUAUCUGGACACUAUGGAGCGUCUGGAAGCAAGAUGUGAUGCAACCAGGAAACGGGGCUGGAAUGUUCAAGGUGACUACCCAGCAAGCACUACCUCGAGGUUGGCGACAUGCGGUAUUAGCUCUGUUGGUGACCGAGGUUCCAUCAUUCGAAGCGGAAAGUAUGAUACGCGCAUGAUGCCGAGCGGAAAGGAUAUUGCUGCCGACUUUCGAAAUCUUGAAUCCAAUGUCAGGGCAAGAGACGGCGAAUUCCUCGUCGGGGCUGUGGGCGAUAAUGGGCAACUUCGGUUCAACGCCAGUUAUGACGGUUGUGCUAUUGACCCUGCCCUUGCAGAAGAGUGGAAGCAGACCAUGGAGACAUUACUGGAGCCGGACAGAUUGUUCAAGUUAUGA